GCAGCAAUAGUCACUAUGUAAAUUCAAGUGAUGUGUUAAGAUACGAAUCACAGAAAUUUGUCCUGUUAGUCUGUUCGUCCUUUGUACAACCUAUGGAACGAAGUGGAGUCCAUUGCGUAAUAAUAUACUGGUUACUGUUAUCAAAAGAAAACAAUCCGAAUGUGUUAACUUAAAAAUGCUGUGCCGUCUGUAUAUAUGUAUUUGUUGCAUAUGGAAAAAUUUUAAGUUGGCUGAGGAGGGGCAGGAGCCCGAAACGAGUGCCGUAGAAAGAGUCCCAACCGAAUAAAAAGAUGGAAAAUUUGCUUAGUGUUUGAAAAUUGUCGCUGCAUUGUGUCUGUGUAAGAAAAGAAAUAUAAACCACGGUUUCAUUAAUAUAAAAAUAAAAAAAUAAUUUUAUAAUUACGUACGAAAUAAUAAUAAUAAAUUUAAAUAUAACAAACGUUUUAUUUUAAAUUUAUUUAUUUAUGUGGACGGUGUUCUGGCAACACUUAUUCGAAAUAAGAUAUUGACAACAACAUGGAGGUGGAAGCACGCGGUAACGAUGAACCUCGCGAGAUUAAUAAGGCUCUUUCUUGUUCGGCAGAAGAAUACGAAAACAAUCCCGAUGUGGAAUUGAUGUGGGUUAUUAAAGCGACUGAACAUAUGGAAAUUUAUUUCAAUCUGUUGUGUUCGAUCGAUCCACAGCUUCUGAAACUGACUCCCCACGAUGACAGAAUAUACGAAUCCUUCCGCAAGGAAUUUCCAGAUAUGUCUGUGGAUGUACUAGAUGAGAAAGAACUGAAAAGCGAAGAAGCAAAAGCAAAAUGGAGACCGUACUGUAAUUCGUUUGAAAAUGUUGUAGAAGAUUUUAAUUUUGGAACUUUAGUUAGGAUAGAUUCUUCCAAAGAUUAUUCAAAAGAAAAUACUGUCUUAGUGCCCAGAAUUCAGUUUUAUGCAAUUGAAGUGGCCAGAAACAGGGAAGGAUUCAACAAUUCGAUCAGAAAAAAUUAUCAACCAGUAAAGAAACAGAAAGAAAAUUCUACAAAUGAUGGCUCAGUCGGCGGGCUACAGUCAAAUUUGCAAGAUUUUAUAGACGAUUUUUGCAAAGAUCAUAAAUUGUCCUUAGUCAAAAUUUCUUGGUUACUGAGAAAGGAAGCGGGAAAUUGCGAGAGAGGAGAUUUCUCGCUGUUCUGUGGAAAUCCGAGUACUCAUUGUCUAAAAUCGUAUCUUCGAGAGAUUGGCGAAGCGUUGCCACGCAAGAGUGGGAAUUGGCAAAUUCCAAUUAACAACUGUAAACUCUUGCCGUCCUGUCGACUUCAGUUGUUUCUCGAUCGCGGUGCCGCUUUCAGAAACAUUCUCAGCCACGUGACAAAAACAAAAGAUUACGGAAGAUAUUGCAAAACUAAAUUCAAAACAGUUUUGGUUAACGUCGUGCUCGAAGACGACGAGUUGGGACUUCGAGAAUGGAGGCAUCUGAGAACUAAUCUGAUAGGACAGUAUAUAUCUACUGUAAUUAACAACAACAGAUGUAAAGUGUAUUUUGCAAUUGUUGGUGCCGAAGAUAUUCAGAUGGAUAACAAAGUAAAUUACAUAAAAUGUACGGAGAUAUGUAAAACAAACGAAGCCGAAGAUGUGAUCACGAAGCGUUUACGUGCGUCGCAUUAUUUGGAGCCGUCGAAAGACGGAGCCGAAAUAGACUUCAUUCUGAAUGCCUCAAAAUUUCUAGAAGAUCGUAAGAUUCCUAUUGGAUCUAAAGGAUACGACAAAAACAUCCGUUUUAUUUCCAGUCAUUCCGAAUCUUGGAAGCAAAUGUUUAAGUGGUGCAUAAAAUUACAACACAUAUUUGACAAACACGUCAAUGAGCCGGACAUUUUGAUUCACGUCGUACCGAGUAACAGAUCCUAUUUUCAACAGCAAUUAUCCAUUAUGGUGGAUAUGUUAUGCAGCAAAGGGCCCAAACGUCAAACGAUCGUUACCCAUGGACCUAUACUUUUUCCACACGCGCCAAUACAAAUGGAAAAUUAUACAAAUCGCCUGAAGGACGAAUUUGAAAAGUCACUGGUUCAUAAAUAUGGAGAAGAAAUAGUCAGUCAACAGUGGAAAAAAGAAUAUUUAAAUACUUUAUCGGAUACGGUUUUGAAAUUUGAGAUGCUCGCGUUAAAUCCUUCGAUCCCUGUGAAAAUAAGGUUCUCUGAAGACAAAGGAAUAUCUGUAGUAGAGAAAACGGGCACGUUCCUCCAAUAUAAUUACGCUCGUCUCUCUAUGUUAUUUUGGCAGUUUGAAAACAAAGUGAAUGCCGGUCAAUAUCCAGCUCUUCCUCCAAUUGAAAAUGUUAAUUUUUCAUUGCUAACAUUGGAAGAAGAAUGGAAUCUUCUCUUCAAUUACAUAUUUGUUUUUCCACAAGUUACAUCUGUGAUUUUUGAAGAAUUGGAAAGUAGCACAUUGAAAUUGGAAAUACCUGUACAUAAAGUUUGCCAUUUUUUAAUAAAUCUCGUUAGAGAUUUAAGUAUGUAUUAUAGUAGAAUUCAUAUAUUAACAGAACCGAGACCUCAUCUAAUGCAGAUCAUGUUUGCCCGUCUCUGGUUACUGAAAGGAGUGCAACGGAUUAUUUAUAAUACUUUCAAAUUAUUUAAUAUCUUACCAUUGGAAAAGAUGUAAUGGAUACAUGAUUCUGUACAGUAUUGAACAUAAAGAUUUUGUAUUUUAA